AUGGAUAACCCAAGGCCUUCUACAAGUGCUCUUAGUGACACUGCAAUUGCAGAUGAACUAGGCCUAGAUGAAGAACUAUCAGGAUUCAGUAGUGACAGUGAUGAAGAAGUGAUUUUACCAACGUUAGAAAAUUUAUCUGAUGAAGAUAGUGAUGACAGUGAUGAAGGCAAUUUAGGACAAGGACCUUCUCAAUCUAAUAGGCCCUCUACUGAUUGGUGUGCUUACAACGGGCCAGACUUUGUUCAAUAUUCAUACACAAAUGCAAGUGGGGGCUACAAACCACCAUCUACAAACAAACCUAAAAUGGAUGAAUCAGACAUCGAUGACGCCCUUGAUGAUGACUUUAGUGAUCGUUCUUUGACCGAUUUUUCAGUUAGUGGCAGUGAAUAUAUGCCAUCAGAUGAGGAAAGUGAUGUAACAAGUGCAGAGGAGUUGAAUGAAGAAGAUGGCGUUGUUAGUGAUUUAGAUGAAUUGGAAUUGAUGGAAGUAGAUGAGGAAUAUCAAAGGGUUAGAGAGGAGAGUGGAGACGAAGAAGGCAAUAAUAUUGAAAAU